GUUAGUGAAUGAGUCUGUGUCACUACUGAGCUCCACUCCUGGAAAACACCUUGAAGUUGCAUUUGCUGCGGCCGAAGUUGUGAUAUUGCAGCCAUGACAUGCUAAUAGACACAUGCAAGUUAGCGGGAGCAGGUCGGAAGGUAACAGAAGAGAGGAGAGAUGGCCAUCGCCCAUGUGGCUACAGAGUAUGUGUUCAGCGAUUUUCUGCUGAAGGACCCGAACCAGGCUAAGUACCGCAAUGUCCGAACUGAGCUAGCGGUGGACAAGAUGGUGACCUGUGUCGCAGUGGGCCUGCCCCUCCUCCUUAUCUCUCUAGCCUUCGCUCAAGAAGUCUCAGUAGGUACUCAGAUCAGCUGUUUUGCUCCUUCUAACUUCUCCUGGAGGCAGGCUGCUUAUGUCGACUCGUAUUGCUGGGCAUCUGUACAUACACACACUCUACCUCUGUGGCUGCACAAGUUCUUUCCCUACAUUCUGUUGCUGGUGGCUGUGUUGAUGUACACCCCAGCGUUGUUCUGGAGGUUUUCUGCUGCACCCCUCCUGCAGUCAGACCUCGGCUUCAUCAUGGAGGAGUUGGACCGUUGUUAUAACCGCGCUGUGACUCUGGCCAAACGCAUGGCCACCUCAGGACUGCUCACCCCAGACAGCGACCCCACCGAGGGCUGUUUCAAUUACCCGCUGGUGGAGAAGUUUCUGAUGACCAAGCGCUGCUCACGGUCGAUGCUAUUUUACUACCUGCUGUGUCGCGGCCUGACUCUCAUCACCCUCCUUUGUGCCUGCAUCUACCUGGGCUACUACCUCCGCUUGGCCUCCGUCACAGAUGAGUUUGGCUGCACACUGCGUGUUGGCCUGCUUGCCUCUGACCCAGGCGUCCCUGACAAAGUGCAGUGUAAGCUCAUCGCUGUGGGAGUCUUCUCUUUGCUGAGCAUGGUCAACUUGGUCCUGUUCAUAGCACUGAUUCCUGUGGUGAUCUAUGCCAGUCUCCGUCCCCUCUUCUGCCAUGGAUACGCCCGCUUCCUGGAAACCUACCAGUCACUGCCCACUGUGAGCGUGCUGCCCACCCCUGGUGGCCAAUUGGACGAUCUCUCUCUGUAUAUCCUGUUUCUGGAGGAGAACCUCAGCGAAUUGAAGUCCUACAAAUACAUCAAGGUGUUGGAGUUGUUGAGGAGACGUGGCGAUUGCUCUGGAGAAAACUUUGAUGCCAUGGGUCUGCUCCAGACCCUCUGCCUGGUGAAGAUGGACAGUGUGGAUGCGAAUAAAUCUUCCGGUGCUGCAGGGAAACAGGAUCAAGUCAAGCCGAAAGCAGCUGACUCUGCCGCCAGCUCCACAGCAGCCAACGCUGGAGCAGCAAAGAACAGCUGCAACCGUCCGAAAUCAGCCGCAGAUAAGGACAGCAAGAUUGAAAUUGAGAUGAAAGAGCUCUCUCCCUUGCUGCCAGGAAACUGCGACGUAACAGGCAGUAGAAGCAUCCAGGAGGAGACUCUCCGGCAGCGAGUGGUGUGAUCUGCUGCUGGCAUGGCGACGGAGACCUUGACAAAGGGGUUUCCUGAGGGAAAUAACAUCACCACUAUCCCAUGGUGUAUCCACAAGUCAUGACCUUCCUGUCCUAAUGGAGGGAUGAAAAACAAUGGGAUGGGAGAGUAAAGUACUAUCCUCAUCAAAGUUCAUCUCUUCUUCUAGUCAUUCAUCAAUGUGGGAUUCACAACCACAUGUUUUUGGUCCCUUUGCUUGAAAGUUGUUGUUUUUGGAGUGGUUUAAGGAGCAAUUUUGUUUUGUUUUGUUUUUUUUGUCUAAUACAGUGGUUCUCAACCUUUUUUGUGUUAAGGAACCCUAAAUUGAUACACAUUAGGCUGCAGACUCCCAUUUGAUAAGAUUUUGCUUCAGAGAUCUCUGCCUAAAAAGAUUUUGGUUCUAUUUCUAUAAUAAUCAACUACAGUUGAGGAGAUAACCAUGAAGGAAGUGAAAUAUAUGAUCAGAAGAAUAACUCUUAUGACUCAUACCUACAUUGGUCCCACUUCUAUAGAAAAUUAAAUAGUGAAAAUAAACUAUUCCCUAUUUUUGACAUCUUUCUGAAGGACCUCUCCUCUGACACAGCACAAAAAAAGAGAGGAAGUGAGCACUGGGUGAUGUAACACUAGACACUGGGAGAUGACUGGGAAACUCAUGGUGGUACAGAUUAUGGGAAUCAUUGAAUGUGUCGAACCAUUAAGGACUUAUCCAAAUAAUUGUUUUGUUAAUGGUUAAAACCAAAUAGAAUAAGAGUAGAACAGACAUUUCCAUUAAAAUCAACAUAGCAGGAUGGUCAGAGCGUUGACAAUGCAGCCAUUUUGGUAGGCUUCUGUAUAUACAAAACGACCGGCGCCAAGUCCUGAAAUCACUGAGGUGAGGUUUAUGGGCUAACAACCAGAUGAGCAGUGGAGUAGUACCUUUUCAAAUAAGCAUUCAUUCAUUCAUUUUAUUCAUUUCAUUCAUUACCCAUACUGCUUAUCCUGUUAAGGGCCACGGGGGGAGCUAGAGCCUAUCCCAGCUGACACUGGGCGAGAGAUGGGCUACCUUGUUACCUUUGAAUGAGCCAUUUAUACUUGAAGUCCAUGUUGCACUGCCAUGUUUCUACAGUGGCCCAGAACAGAGAAACCAAACACUGGCUCUAGACAGGGCCAUGUGCCUUUUCACGUCAGCCACUGUAGUAAGCAGCCCAUCUGUGACAAGAGUAUCGAAGAAACAGAUUUUUUUUUUUUUAAAUGUAGAACUUUUUCACUCAUUGUUUUUAUCGGUUUAAGUCACUGGGUCUGUUUGUUUUGAAGAGGAAGCGACCUCUGCGGAUAAUUUGGCUCCUGGUAAAAACUUCUUGAAAGUCUGGAUCUUCACUUAUCAGGGAAAAGGUGCGAGGAUAGUGGCACAUCUACAGUGUGCCAAAAAGCAUUGGAGAAACACUGAUUUGUAACAUGAAACUGCUUUGUAUUGUUUUUUACCAGUUUUAAUCACCUGGUUUGUUUGUUUUGGAGAAGAAGAGACCUCUACAGUUAAUUCAGUUCCCAGUAAAAACUUUCUGAACAAUGAAAACUGAAGGAAUCUUAACUGUGAGUUCACGCUUAGCACAAUGGAGAACUCUAAGCUGGUUGCAGUCUUCUCCACUAGAUGCCAAUGAAUUUCCCUAAAUCAUGAAAACAUACAUAAGAAAACAUACUUAUUUUAAGUUUUUAUUUUUUUUCAACCAAACCAGAGUUGGUGUUUGCUGGAACAGUGAACUAACUUACUAGAUGACUAACAAGACUAACUGAGACAGUUUAGUGACUUUUAGUUAGUUUCUGUCAAGUUUGAAUGAAGUGUGUUUCACAAUGCGUUAACAAGGCAGUUAAGCUAACGUUAGCCUUAGUUCAGUGAAAGAGAGACACCUAGAUUGAUGUACAGUUGUAUUUUUCUGUUUAAUAAGGAAAAUAGUUGUAAGAAUGGGCCAAAACGGCGUCCUCAAACUAGUGAGUGUGACAAUUUAUGGCCCUACUGACAGAUGUUGUCACCAUAACAACUGACAACAAUCGUCAAGUUCAUUGUCUGUUCUACUCUCAUUCUUUUUCUAUGGUUGAAACGCUAGAGUACUAAAAUGCAAACAGAUAUGGAACUGUUCCGCAUGUUUGGCAUAAUAUCUAAAGAAUACUUAAGAUACUGAAAUUGGCUAGGUGUCAGGAUGUGAUACGUAUUUUUAUGUUUAUACAUCUAUCAUGAACGUGGGCUUUUGAUAACCCCUAUUUAUUUACACAUUGACCACAUGAUAUAUUUUCUGUGACCAUUUAAAGUAGAAGCAGUAUAGUGAGUAUGCAGUAGAUGUUGUUGCAGUACAAAAGAGUUUGCUUGCUGCAUAAACCAGGAGGAUAGGUUAUGUUUAAACUGUAGGGGUUUUAACAAAUUUUGAUGAUGUAGAAAGUGUCCUAAAGCUGACACCGUGUGACAAUUUCAACUUGAAGACGCUGCUGAAGUAUGAAAUUGUCAAAAUUGCAGUUGUGAGUUUUUUUAUCCAAAGGUGAGAUAAUGUAUUAUUUUGCACAUUGUGGGAGACUUUUUAUGAGAUUGUCAGUGACAUUUCAAGACGAUGUCACGGUUGUAAAGAAUACCACUUGGUGAGGAAGUCAUUCUUCAUCAUUCUGUCUAGAAAGUGAGAUGACAAGGCAGCUUAAACAGAAACCUGUGCUCAUAGAUGUCGCAGCACGGUUUUCGGUGUUUAGCUGUCUGGACUAUUUUGUCAUAGCAAAGCAGUGGUACAAACCAGUAAGGUUUCACUUUAUGUGACUUUCACUUUGGUACGACAUGUUCAUUGCUUGAUGUUUAACAAAUGCACAAGUUCUCAAAAUGUCCAUAAUUUCUAAGGAAACAGCACAUUUGGGGGUUUCAGUUUGAAUCUUUGUCUUAAAGAUUAUAGGUGUCAGCCUGGAAUUAAACUUUUCAUUAGGGCUUGGGUGGUAUCAAGGUAUUCUAGGGUAUAAAUCUUAAUGGUAUGAGAUUUUCAGUACCUUCAAAAAUACAGACACUCCUCUUUCAAUUAAACUGAUAUGGAGACGCUGUAUUGUGGUGAUUAUUGUAGUGCACAGCACGCGCCACCAGAGGUUGGUCUCUACUGGUGGAACUGGCAGCUGAGCAGAGAAAGAUGGAGACUGUGAGUGGUGGGGAUAACACUACAGGACUAGUAAGAAAGAAAGCUGCCUCUGCCCCUGUGUGGGAGUAUUGCCACAUAUAACUUUAUCUUCUUCCAGCUUUUCUAAGUAGGGUAACUGCAUAUCAGAGACACAGCAUUGUAGGCUAGACAAUGACAUAUAUGCUACAGUGACUUCCAUUACCAGCAGCUAAGCCUUUAAGUUUUUUAUGAGGAUUUUUUGUUUUGUUUUGUUUUGUUUACACAAAUACCAUCAUUUACCAUAUACCCAGGUGAAAUGUCAGGAAGAUACAAAGAUAGAUACCUACCAAGCCUACUUACCAUGCUUGUUUGGAAAUCUCAGGGAUAGAAAUAACUUCAUCACAUUUGACUGUCAGUGUUUACGUCAGACUUUCGAGCCUCUUCCACUGCCUGUACAUAUGAACUGCACUAAGUGGAACGUUGUUAGAUAUCGUCAUGAAAUUGCUGUUGUAAGAUCUCCUCUUAAAUUCAUAUCAGUGUGUGUUUAUGAACUUCUCUGCUGUUUGGGUUUUUUUUUUUUUAUAUGAUAUCUAAAUGUCAAUAGGGUCCCCUUUCUGUGCAGUGGGGCACUUUAUUAAUAAAUGUAAAGUGAUGCUUAUUGUUUUGUGAUGAUCUGAGAAAACCUUUCUAGAGUUCAGUUUCUUAGGUGACAUUUUGAUGUUUGAUGUAUAAUGAUGACUGACUACACUGUCUGCAGUCUAAGAAAUAAAUAUUGUA